GGGCUCGCUCGCGUGUCGCUGUGCAGUGCUGAGGACGGGUCGUGUUGAUUUCAGAAGUCAUCAUGGCGCUCACUUCCCCAGUCCAAGAGCACCCAUAUAGCCAUCUAAUUGAGACACUGAAAGAUGGCACAAUCAAGUUCUUCAAUCCACAGAAUUUAAAUGAUCCACGAUAUGACAAGCUGCCUCUGUCCAUCCGCGUCUUACUGGAGGCAGCGAUUCGUAACUGUGAUGGCUUUUACACGAAAAAAGAAGAUGUCCAAAACCUCUUGGACUGGCAGCAGCUGCAGAAUCAAACUGAGGUGCCGUUCUCUCCAGCUCGAGUCCUGCUCCAGGACUUCACAGGUAUUCCUGCCAUGGUGGACCUGGCAGCCAUGAGGGAUGCUGUUGCCAAACAUGGCAUGGACCCCAGCCUGGUCAACCCCAAAUGCCCCACAGACCUCAUUGUAGACCACUCAUUACAGAUUGAUUAUAGCAAAUGUGCCACACAGAACGCUCCAAACCCUGGUGGAGGGAAUGGCCCAAACCAGAGCCAGGGUCCCUCUCGUUCCACGACCUCCAGGCCUCCGUCCAGAGGAGGCUCACAGUGCGGAGGCCAGCGGGGCACAUGUAGUAAAGCUGCCUGCAGUGACCCUCCAGGCUCCCCUGGUCAACCCCCAGCCUCCGUCCAGCAGAUCGAGAACACGCCCCUCCUCUGCCCUUUCCACCUGAAACCUGUAUCUGAAACUGACACAUCUCUGAAGAAUCAAGAACUGGAACUGACCAGAAAUAAAGAGAGACUUCAGUUCUUUAAGUGGUGUUCUAAAGCAUUCAAGAAUGUGAACGUGGUUCCUCCGGACGUCGGCGCAGUCCACCAGGUGAACCUGGAGUAUCUAGCCAGAGUGAUCCAGGUCAGCAAUGGUUUCAUCUACCCUGACAGCGUGGUGGGAACCGACUCUCACACCACCAUGAUCAACGGCCUGGGCAUCCUGGGCUGGGGUGUUGGGGGAAUUGAGUCAGAAGCUGUGAUGCUGGGCCAACCAGUGUCUCUGACUCUUCCUCAGGUGGUGGGCUGUAAACUGGUGGGCUCCAUCAACCCCCUAACCACCUCCAUAGACAUCGUCCUCGGCAUCACAAAGCACUUGCGACAAGCUGGGAUCGCUGGAAAGUUUGUAGAGUUUUUUGGACCUGGCGUUUCUCAGCUGUCGGCCCCUGACCGAACCACCAUCGCCAACAUGUGUCCAGAAUACAACGCUACAGUCAGCUUCUUCCCCGUCGACCAGGUCACACUCAGGCACUUUAAAAAGACAAAUUUUACCCAGGAAAAACUUGAAUUGAUGGAACAUUACAUGAAGGCUGUAAAACUCUUCCGAAACUUUGAAGACCCCUCAGAAGACCCUGAGUAUUCUGAGGUGUUUGAAAUCGACCUGAGCUCCAUGGUGCCCUAUGUGAGCGGACCAAAAAGACCACAGGACCGAGUGGCAGUCAGCAGCAUGAAAGAAGACUUUCAGAGUUGUCUUCAAGAGAAGGUGGGUUUUAAAGGCUUCCACAUCUCCAAGGAGAAGCAGGAGACCCGGGUCCCUUUCCUGCACUGUGGUCAGGAAUACCAGCUGGCCCACGGCUCAGUGGUCAUCGCUGCUGUUAUCAGCUGCACCAACAACUGCAACCCGUCUGUCAUGUUGACUGCAGGUCUACUGGCCAAAAAGGCAGUGGAGGCGGGGCUUGUUGUCAAACCUUACAUCAGGACUAGCCUGGCUCCCGGAAGUGGCAUGGUCACUCACUACCUCAGCACCAGUGGAGUCCUGCCUUACUUCAGCCAGCUGGGGUUUGAGGUGAUAGGUUACGGUUGUGCCACCUGUGUAGGAAACACAGCACCGUUACCAGACACUGUCAUGGAUGCAAUCAAACAGGGCAACCUGGUGGCCUGUGGGGUGUUGUCUGGCAACAGGCAGUUUGAGGGCCGCCUCUGUGACUGUGUCCGUGCCAACUACCUGGCCUCCCCUCCCCUGGUGGUGGCUUAUGCUAUUGCAGGCACUGUGGGAAUCGACUUUGAGAAAGAGCCUUUAGGGGUCACGUCUGAGGGGAAGGAGGUGUACCUUCGUGAUAUUUGGCCAUCCAGAGAGGAGAUCCAGCAGACUGAGGAAGACACAGUCAUCUCCUCCAUUUUUAAGGAUCUCAGGGGGAGGAUGGAGAAAGGAAACACAUUUUGGAACAACAUCGAAUGUCCGGAAUCUGUACUUUUCCCCUGGGAUCACAAGUCCACAUACAUCCGCUCACCUUGUUUUUUCAGCAAGUUGAGUAAAGACGUUCCUCCCCCUCAGUCGAUAGAGGGCGCUCAUGCCUUACUGUUCCUUGGGGACAAAGUGACCACGGACCAUAUCUCACCAGCUGGCAGCAUCGCUAGGGUCAGCGCGGCUGCCAAGUACCUGAUGAGCAAACGUCUGACGCCGCGGGAGUUCAACUCGUACGGCGCACGCAGAGGGAACGACGCAGUGAUGACCAGAGGCACGUUCGCCAGCAUCAAGCUCCAGAAUCGAUUCAUCGGCAAAUCAGGCCCCAAGACUUUGCACAUUCCAUCAGGCCAGACACUGGACGUCUUCGAGGCAGCUGAUCGCUAUCAGAGAGAUGGUGUUCCCCUCAUUAUCCUGGCAGGCAAAGACUACGGCUCUGGAAACUCCAGGGACUGGGUCGCCAAAGGACCAUACCUACUGGGGGUACGUGCAGUCAUCGCUGAGAGCUUCGAGAAGUUGCACAAGAACCAGCUGGUGGGAAUGGGCAUCAUUCCGCUCGAAUUCCUGCCUGGCCAGAACACGGACUCGCUGGAGCUCAGCGGGAAGGAGAGGUUCACCAUCACCCUACCGGAGAGCCUGAGUCCGAGGCAGCAGCUCACUGUCAGGACCAGUCAAGGGACGUCCUUCUCUGUCACCGCACUGUUGGACACAGAGAUGGACGUUAUCUUCUUCCAGCAUGGAGGGCUCCUUCGAUACGUCGCACGGACUCUACUGUGAAACCGCCUGCAGCCUGGCCUCAAGCCUACAGAGUGUGCACCAGGCUCAUGAACUGCAGUCCUCUUUGUUUCCCCCAGUUUGUCUUCAACUUGAUGAAAGCGGCUCAUUGGAACGACAUAAGGACUAAUGGUCUGUGUGUUUGAACUGGAUAUACGUCUCCAAACCAACAGAGUCAUGAGAGGACAGUUUCAGCUGCUUCUCCUUCACUACGCAUGGCUGGUCCCGCUUCUACAACAGCUUUGUUUGUCCUCACAUGACCAUCGGAACAACUGCAGGAAGACGUGCUGACAUGCACUCAAUAAAGAGAUCUGACCUUCAUUGACCUUUGAACACCUGUUUUUUUACUUUUGUUGUUGGAGAGUGAAACUUCAGAGCACCGAGGGGACGUCUCAUUCACCAUUCAAGCCAAGAAGAAAUGAGUCCUCUCUGCUUCUGUUGUUAUUAAGCUAAAACAAAACCAAUCCUGCUUGGAAAGGCUAAGAUGGUGCUAGGUACUAUAAGGUUUUCCUCAACAUUCAUGUAAAGUUCAUUUCAGAAAGUAUCGGAGUUGAUGUCCGUUGUUCUAAACAAUCCUAGUAAAUAAGUCAAAAUUUCUUAAUCAAAAAUUUUGCUUAAAAAAUUUGAUUUGCCUCCUAAAACUCAGUUUAUAUCAUCUGAAAAAAUGUGUAACUAUUAUAUGUGCUUUGUUACUUGCUCCCUGCAUUAGCAUGGUUCCUAUUUCAACUGACAGUCAUCUGCAUCACAUUAAAGGUAAAUGAUAAAAACUUUCCGCAAAAGAAUCUGUUAAUACCAAUGCACACAGCAUCAUAUUCUUCUAAAGGUUCAGUUUAUUUUCUAAGUAAAUAUUUAACACAACUGGUGUUUAAACCCAGAGUUUCAUCAGAGUGCAACAAUGUUAACUUUAAAUUUAGUUUUUUAUACAUUAACUGAUGCUGAGGUGAGAGGCACUCACUGAGCUGUUGACAGUUGCAGUGACAGCCAAUUUUGAGAUUAAACUGCUGAAUCACCCUGAUGACUGAUGUUACUGAGAGUGGGUCCAGCCUGAGCCUGACCACCUACAGCCAAGUUCAGCAUCAUCAGCAUUAAUGUUCAUUUUCACACAUUGACGUUUGUCUCUCAGUAUUGGAGAAUACCACGCUACACGUUUGGGGAAAAAGCUUUUUGUCUUUGUUGUCUGAUAAGUGCAUGACCUAAGCGAUGAUUCAAUCAGGUGAUCAGCGUCAGUUGGGUCUGAAGACCUCGAUGUUGAAACAUGAAAAAAUCUAUUGGUGGAGACUUUGGUUGAGUUUGGAUUGAGGCAGCUUGUCUGUCUGUGCUUAGCUAACAUCUCUUUGGCUGAAGCUUUAAAGCCUCACUUGUACAUAAACAGGUAUAGAGGAACUGAACAGACAUGUGUUCCUGUUACUGAACCAGACUCAGCUUGUGAAGGUUAAAGCUGUGUCAGAUUUACAAGUGUAACCCGGCACUGCCUCUAUGUACUGCUUAUCCUGCUACUGGAGGUUGAACACUAAGAAGGGAGCUCCUAACUUUCACCUCUUUCAUUAGAGUAAAAGCUUCGUGCAUGAGGAGAUGAUCAAUCCCUCCUGGUGACGUAUAGUCAAGGCUCCAUCAGCUGAAAUGUAGUCUGACCUGACUGAACUCAACUUAAAGUGAGUGAACACCAGCCCUCUGUAAAGGGCAGGUAUUGUUUGGUUUAUAAUUCAUGAUGAUUUGAACUUCUGGACUUUUCAUCUGAAAUCAUUGAGUUUUUGUUUGUGCAAUUUAAAAUUUGUGUAUGAAACCAUAUUGACGUACUUGAUCUGAAACCAUGGAUCCAGUGCAACACGUCACAUUUUCUACAGUGUGGGUCGGAGCCUUUAUGCAUUUAGAUAUUUCUUUAGAGAUCAUGACGUGUUCAUGAGAAGCUCUUUAUUAUUCACACUCAAGAGUGAGCAAUCUGUGUUUCUUGCUUCGUCCAACUGCCAAAUCCAGCUUCAGCAAGUAGCACACUGUGACGUGAUGAUGAGGCUGUCGUUUGGGUGACUCGUGUGUGAUGAUGAUAUUUCUACACUGCUUCAUAUUACAGGACACGUAGGGUUGUUUUUCUUUAAAGUUCCGGUCCAUCUUCACAGUUUGCCUUCUUAGUUGGAGCAGGUUGUUUAUCAGAAACGUGUGAAAGCAGAAUGGAACAUGACUGUGGACAGAGCGAGCAGCGGCACUAGUGGUUAUGUGUGGUGUCGUCAUGUAUCGCCGUCUGCUGCUCAGUGUCAAAGUUCAGAGAAGCAAAGUGCAAAUCAAGUCUCUGUCUGCUCAUGGUGAUGGAUUGUAUUGUAAAUAGUUUUUAAUAAAUGCUGAGACAAA